GUGAAAUCGUUCCCAUUCAGAUUUUUGUUGCAGGUUACAGUCGUAGCAAAUUAUCAGAUGACAAGGAUGUAAAGGGCAUCUUCAAAAAGUAUUUAACAAUUAAAGAUGUGGCAUACAAGAGAUCUUACUUUUUUCAAUUUUAAGACCUUUAGUAAUGAAGAAGAAGCAUUCGAAGCAAUAAAGGGAAUUAAUGGAUAAACUUAUACUGGAUAGAAAUUAAUAGUUGAUGUAUUAAGCAACAGGAAGGUUAAAAAGACUGGACCAAAUUAAGAUGAUUAAUGUUUCAAAUGUGGUAAAGGUGGUCAUUGGUCUAUUAAUUUUGUAUAUUAUUAAGGGCUCAUCUUUGUCCUAAAUAAGAUCACCAAGACGUAGCAGAAGAAGAUUUAAUUCGCGAUCUAAGUAUGUAAAACUACUUAAAUUUUUAAGACGUUAUAGAAGAUUUGAUUCUAGAUCAUAAUCUUCAUACUCAUCUCAUCGAGAUCUAGCAGAAGAAGUAAUAAAAACAAAAGAAAGAGACACAGAAGAAGUACAAGAAGAGAUAAAAGACAAAAAAGGCCAAGUAUCAGUCCUAGACAAUCACCCUCAGUUUCAGGCUCAUCCAAAAGGCAGAAUCCAAUAUCUUGAUAAAAAGUGGGAAAAACAAUUUUAUAAAUUAAUUGAAUAUAAUUCAUUCAAUUCUUUCUCAUAAAUAUAAAAUUAUAAAAAAGAAUCUUUAGGAUCUCUCUUAAGGAUAAGAUCAAAGAUAUAAAUGA